CACUAACAAGAAUGAGGAAGUUAAAACUCAAAUAAAAGUGGACUUACUCAGAGAGAAACCAGGAUAAUCUGUCGAACGGAGACAAGAUGGGCAAAUGGUGGUCGCUAAAGUUAUUGAUCUCAUUAGGAUGGAUAGUCUACUCCCUUGCCCAACUCCAAGAAAUUCACAUCAAUGAUGACUUAAAUAUUAAAAAGGCAGUGGAGCUUUUCAAUGCCGAAGAAUCAUCCCAGUUCGUGUUUAAACAAAUCAGUUACCUGUCCGACAGCUACCAAAAGGUAGAAGAAGACGUUGGCGUUGUGAAUUUCCUUAUUAAAGAGACCGUGUGCACCAAAUCUGAGCAGUAUAAUAUUGCUGAGUGCAAUUUCAAUCCAUUAGGGGAGAUUAAGAUGUGCACUACCUACGUGUCUGAAGAGCUAGAAUCCAAUAUUGCCUGUACCACCAUCUCAGAAUAUCGGCGCACAAAGCGUGCAUCUAAAAAACGCUGCAAUUUCUUUUGCAAACUGAAAAGUGGAGCAACAAGCACCAUAGCUACAAUCAAGAUUCCGAAACAAUUUUUUAAACGCAAAUGAGCCAAAAUACAUCAUUUAUUUUCAACUAAUUAGAUAAGAUGUAAAACUUACUGACACUUUGGGUGUUAUGUAUAAAUAAUCAUUUUGGGGCUAGUUUCUAAAAGUGGAGCCAUCAACUUUAAGAACUUGUCCAAAAAUUACACUUUAUACAUAACCCCUGUUGAAAUAAUGUAUUGCUAUGGGAAUCCCACUUCUAACACCAUUAUUUACAGAGUAUAUUAGCCAGUCCUGCCUAGUUACUAAAUCCCUUUAUCUAUUGUUUAAGAAAUAAUAUUUCCUUUAGCAGAGAUAAACAAACAGUACUAGUUUGUUAAUGUGUCACAUGUAAUGUAAAUGGUGACUAGUUUAAAUCCAAAUAUUCACGUUUUGGAAACUCUUUACAUGUUCCCAGCUUCGAUUUGUUAACCAAUAUAUAAACAAUAGACAGGCUCUCUGAUACAACUGGCAACACUAUUAUGUUUCAUGUUAUACGAAAGUUAUAUGUAAAAUGCAACUAGUUCUAAGAGCAAUGAUAAAAUUAUCAAUACAAAGCAAAUUUCAACAUUAAAUGGUACAUUUUACACC